AUAGUAACAGAAAUUAUUCCAACCGGAAGUGAACCGGUAACACACUGUGUUGUCACUGCGCAUGCGACUCAAUAUGGCUGCCAGCACAAGCAGCGUCCGUGAGGACUGCUUCUAAAAUAGUCGCGAAUUACGCACGAAGAUGAGCAAAUCAAGACGCAAGGUUACUGUUGAUACAGCUAAAUCGGUGUCUGAUGAGAGCGAGAAGAGAAAACCAAGUGUUUUCGAGAGACUAGGACCUGGAGGCGGUCAAAGAAAAUAUGAGUAUGAACCUGAGAGAAUGGAUAAAACAGCAUAUGUAGAUAAGUGCCGCAACUGGCUUUUAACAAGAGCAUGUCCAUUUGGUUCAAAAUGCAAAUUUCUUCAUGGUCCCUUUUCUGAAGAAACAAAUGGACCAGAAAAUCGAAGCCGAUCUUCAAAAAGACAUGAAAGUGAUAAUACUGAUGAUAUCAAGCUGAAAUUAAAAAGCCAUCGAGACAAGGGCAGUGACCGCAAGAGAAAGACAGAAAACUCUUCCACAGAAAAAAGAAGUCACAGCAAAAUAAAGCAUGAGAAGGAAGGCAAAAUCAAGUCCACUGUAGUUGUUAAGAAACCUGUGGAUCCUGAAAGUGAAAUAGAUAGUGAAGAACCAGAGGAGUGGUCCGAAGAUGAUAGCUUGAAAAAUCUUGACUUUAAGGAAGAACUCACCCUGGUGAGGAAGCGACAGGAGCUUCAGCGUGCUUUAAGUAACCUCCCCGCUCCUCCUGAAGAACAACGAGAAAACUUGACUAUUGAAAAGAAGAUUCACAGGCAUAUGCUUUCUGGGGAACAUUCAGUUCGGGUGACAAGCAGUGAAUCGGGGUCAUUGCGCAGUUCUCCAGAACCUUCGAAGCAACACAGCAAGAAAAACAUGAAACCAUGUUUAAAUCCCUCCAGCAAAAAGAAAGAGAAGAAAAAGCAUAAAACCUCUAAAUCACCACUUAACAAGAUCAAAAGUUCACAAAGUUCAAUAGAACAGUUAUCAAAAGAAAAGAAAAUACAACUUGGUGAAGAACGGGAACGGGACAGAGAUCGCGAUCGAGAUGUACAUCACAAAAUACGAAUGAAAAAGAAGAAACACAAAGAAUCACUGUCGGAAACAGAAACUAAAUCUCCUGAACUUGAAUCUUUAAGGGGACAUAAAGUUCCGACUCCCUUAUUUGAUAGUGUCAGUAGCAAAAGUAAAAGAGUUCUCUCUCCAAAACAUGAUUGGCAGAAGGAAUUGAAACCACUUAGACCACUUGAUGAUGGUGAUGGCUAUUCUGUUUCUUCGAAGAAAUCCCGCCAUUCGCGGUCUCCGAGUAUUGGUGAGAAAUCUCGACAUAAGAAAUCAUUGUCACCAGCCUUGGAGAAGCGAUCAAAGCGCUCACCUCUGGCUGGUGUGUCACAAGAAAGGGACUCUAUUAUCGAGAAACUUAGCAUGAGAAAGAGAAGUCGAACACGUGGUAUCACUCCUGAUAAGUUACCGUCUUUGCCAUUAAGCAAAGACAGGUCAUUGUCUUCAGAUGAUGACCGAUCUGCUCAUUCCUCUUUACACGAAGGAGAAAAACGAAAAAGCAAAAAGGGUCGUUUACCAGAAAGGGUGCAUGUUAGCCGAGGGAAACUUAGUAAAAGUGACAGAGCCAUGUACCCAGAAAGUUCUGGUUCAAGGCAGAGUGAAUGGAGAAAUGAAUCUCCACCGAGAGAACGUCGUGAUCGGAGAAACAGAGAUUUCACACCAGAGAGGGCCAUAAAAACUGUAAGUAGUAGCAGUAGUAGGGAUCAUGAUAAACUUGAAAGGGACCCAAAAUUGUCCAAAAAGAAAGAGAGUAGCAGUAGUAGUAGUAGUGGUAAUAAUAAAAGUCUUGACUCUGCUGAGGGUCGUACAGACCGCAAAAGACAAUUCAAAGAGGAAAAGCUUAUACCUGUGUGUAAUCCUGAAGUACAGGAUCAACAGAACUUUGUUAAAUCUCGACGCCUUCUUCCCGAGCAUACAGAAUCAACAAUUAAUCCUUCACGGCGAGGUUUGUCCCCCAAAGAAUCUUAUGGCUCAUGCCAUUCACGAUCACCUUCCCGCCAAAGACGGGAGACUCGAGAACAAUCUCCAUUUGAGGUUAUGCAGAUGAGACGUAAAGACAUUAACGACGACUACAGACACGAGGAGCACACAACUCCUGAUUCACCUGGUCGUAGUCGACUUCUUCCUAACAAUAAUUAUUUCCCUGAGAACUGUGACUAUUCCCCUGGUCGACAGAUGAUGGAGCGUGGUGAACGCUUCAUGGACUAUCGGUCUGACACUAGAGUUGACAACAGAUAUCCCCAACCAGCCGACAGAUAUGCAUUUGAUGAACGACGGCGUUACAAUGAAGAACCUGUUGGAACCGUAUAUGAUGAUCGAUCUCAUUAUGAUAGCUCAAGAGGUCGAUCAAGUCGAGACCUUUAUGAGCGAGAAAGAUAUGAACGUGUUCCACAACCUGGUCGGCCAGAUCCCCGAUAUGAAGAAGCUAAAGAUCCCCUUGGAUAUGACCGUGGUCUACCUCCAGAAUUCCGUGACCCUACAUCAGAGUUGUGGGAGAUCCGUGGCCGUGGAAGAGGAAGGGUUAAUCCACGAAGUCGUGGACGACAAGCAGAUGCUGGUGGACAUCGUGGGCGUGGGUAUGUUCCACCACCUGAAGACAGACUUCCAGGUCUUGGUAGAGAUAAAUUUUCUAUUCCAGCAGAGCGUCCUAGCAGGAGAUCAGAAUGGGAGCGUCACCGGGAUGAUUAUUUCGGUCCUGAGCCACCAGAAUGGUCUGAUCACAGAAACGAGAGGAGUCUUCCAGGUCAUGAUGAUCCUCGACAGGAACUACAUGACAUUCCAGAUAUGCGGCGUACGAGACGACCGGACGGUCGGGAUGACUGGAGAAACGGACGGAGAGAUGCAGAGGAGUUGUAUGAUCGGCGUCCGGAACUGGGCACCGGGUUAUUAAUGACACCCGACCGCAUUGACAUGCGAACUGACCGUUGGGAGAGUAGACAGCCUGGUGAAGGGCCUCGUAGGCCUGAGUUGCGUAAAGAUGAACCAAAGCUGGAGGACAGGCUGGACAAGCAUAAUGUAUCCCCUGGAGAGAAAGAACGAUUAGACAGAAGAAAGCGCCCUAGAGAUCAAGAACCUGACCAGGCUCGGUCUCGGUCACCUUCAUUGAAGCAUCACAGAGAUACAUCACCAGUAGAGUCUUUCCACAGCCACAGCAGUGUUGGGGAACAUCGCCCAGAUCCACCUGUAAACCGAGAAUGGAUUCAUAACCGGUGGCCUCCAAAUCAAAAUGAUUUGUUGAGAGAAAAGGAAGGGCCUCUUCCUGAUGGUAGCCCUUGGCCCGGAGCCAGACAAAGAUCUCCACUUCCCAAACAUAUUCUUGACAAGAAAAGAGGCAAAGAGUGGGAUCCUGGUAGGGGUAUGAGAGAGAAAGAGUUCUUAGAUAAAGAAGCAGACAGGUUGAAAGUUAAGGACCCUGAGAAGCCUAAGGAUGUUGAUAAUCCGUUACUCUAUGAUGAUGUAAAAGGUCUGAUGAUGAGAAAGCUCAGACCAAAGAAGAAAGAGAAAAGAAAGCGAUCUUCAUCGAAAUCUCCAUCUCUGGACGGGAAAGAUAAGAAGCGUGUUUGUCAUGGGGUAUCUCCAAAAGUAGCUGCUUCGCAUGAUGAGAAAGAUAAGCCUUCAGCUCAACCGUCUCAGAACCAAGAACUCACUUUCAGUGAUUGGUCUGAUGAUGAGUCUGCUGAUGAUAUUUUGAAUCGGCCUGAGGAACCCCAGCAAGAACCUGUAAUCCCUAUUAUUGAGCCUCACAUUAAGGAAGAUAGGUUCAAACGGAGUCCUGGCCGAGGCGGCUUCAUACCUCAACCAAUACGUCAAAUGCACAAUCCGAAAGAGGAGUAUCGGAUGUGGCAACCUCACAAAGAAAGAAAUAGUCGGUACCACUGGGAGAAACCAAACCUCUCCACAAUGCCUCGACUACCACUCAAUAGAACUUUACUGGAUCGACACCAUAAAGAAAUAUCAGAUAUUUGUUUCAGAAUGAAGCCAGAACUCUUACCUCGAUUGCUACCAGACCCGGAGCCGAUGUCUGAUUUCCGGCCUCAGCCUGACUCCUCCAAUCAUGGGAAUCUUGUUGAUAUUAUGCCCAAUGUCAUCAAGCAGCCGUUACUCGGUGAUGCACCCGGUUGUGUCCCCCUCCAUAGUUUAGUAGCCAUGUCGAUGGCGGGUCCACCAAUGAACUCGCCCCUCUUGUCUGGCAUACUUCCACACAAUUCCCUCUCUCAGCCUAACAUGAACAACCUCCCUCCCCUCUCACUCUCUCUUCCUUCCUGUUUACCCAACCCCCCCAUGUCCAUUAACAUGCAUCCUAUGCACAACAUGGCUGCUAACAUGAACUUUGCACCUCCACUUCCCAAUCCUCCUAACCCUGUCGCCACUCCUGCUCCAAGACAGAACUCUGAUAUUAGUUCUGUUUUAACUUCAGAUGGUAUCGAUCUAGACACUGAAAGUAUGCAGUAUGAAGAGAUCAGUUCAGAAGAAGAGAGCAUGACAGGAGAUUUGGACCUGGAUCUCCUUGGAGUCGGUGGGGACAAGAAGAAGAAAAAGAAAAGUAUUGUUGAUGUCCUCAAUAUUGAUUGGUCACACAUGAUGCAAACAAACCGUCCGAAACCUACUGAACAGUUGGGCUCUGCUUUGCAGGGGUUCAGGCCUGGCCGGAUAUUUAGUAAGAUUGGUGUCUCUCGUCAGUUUGCUGGUGACUUUAUCUUCAUUAAACUUCAAGACAUUUGCAAUAAACAUUUAAGGGAAAUAAAAGAGACAAACGAACAGGGCAAAGACCAGCCAAAUGAAAAUUCAACAACUGAAAAUUCAACAAAUGAAAAUUCAACAAAUGAAAAUUCAACAAAAGAUACUAAUCCACCUGAAGUUGAUCAGUUCAAGUUUCGAAACCACAUUGCUGCUCUCCACAUGGCUUCUGUAAAAAAGAACAAAGACAGAAGUAAUCUUCUUCAUGAUAUUGGAUCACAUCGGCGGGCUCUCUGUGCUAGGAGAGAUUUGGAGAUCCGGCGCCAGCUCUGCCAGAUUGAUAAGAAUGUAGAACAGCCUAGCCUUUAUCCAACUCAGAUUUUUGACAGUGACCUAUGUAAAUUAAGUGUUCAGCUUUUUAAACAAGGACAUGAUUCCAAUGGGAGGAAGGACAAUCUGAUGCUGAAAGAAGUCACUUGUUCUUCUUGAGGAUUGAGACAAUUAUAGUUGAAAUAAAUACAUACAUACAGUUUUAGGUUACAUUUUAUUUUCCCUCAAAACUCUUGUUUUCAUUGCUGUGCUUUGUACAUAUCACUAAAAUCCCAAAAGACUAAAAAUAAAAAAAGCAGAGACUUUUCUUGUGGAGUUUGAACAUAUUGCGAUAUGGACUAAUCACUUUCUCCUAAUUUCCUUUUAAAUUUUCAGCUGUGUGAUUGUCUCACUAUCACCUGAAGACAAACAUUUCUGAGACAACUUAUACAAUGGAAACAUUACAGAAAAAGACUGUCUGUAGAUUUCUUUUUAUCCUAUUUUGUCAUACCCAUCCUACCACCAUUUCUGCUACCAUUUGACAAAUACCCUCUGCCCUGAAACCAUCUGUAUUUUUUCCCCAUUCUCAUUUUAACUUACCUCACAUGUAAUGAUGUGUCAGUAUUUCUUUCUUCUGAUAUCCUUAACAAACAAACCAAUCUGUUUGUUAGAAGCCCAGAUUUUUUGGUUCUCCGUGUUAGUGUUGAUAAAGACCUCAUACAGUUUUAUGGGCAUGUAUUAAUAUUUUAUGAGAGAAAAACAAGACACAAAAAGCAAAAACAUGAAAUCCCAAAUUCUUGUUUUAACCCAUUCAAGAGUUGUUGUCCUUCAAAAGUAGUUUCUUCAAUGAAAAACUUUUUCUUUUUUUUUUUUUGUAAUGCACUCAAAUUAAAUUUUCAGAUAGUGACUGAACAGAUUUCACCUGAAAUCUAAUUUGUUUCCCAUCUUGCAAUCAACCAUAAACUACCCUUUGACAUUGUUUUCACAAGGUAUAUAUAUAUAUAUAUAUAUAUAUAUAUAUAUAUUUGCUUUUUGGAACAAUGCUAUUCCAUUACAGCCUGUUAUUUUGGAUUACUUACAUGAUAUGACAUUUUAUCAAUGGGUUGCUCUUCACUUGCUGCAGUCUAUAUUAUUUUGGAAUUAUCUUGUGCAAUUGCUGUCAAUAUGUGUUAAAGAUCAACAGUGUAAUCCAGGAUAUUCAGAGAACAGUUUUACCGGCAUUUAAAAAAAAAAAAAUGUUAAUGCUAUCAUUUCUUUGGAGUAGACAAAUUCCAUCAAAAGAAAAAAAAAAUAGAAAAAAGAA